GCCAUUGCGGGCAGGCCCCGCGCUGCGGCCCGCUCCGUCCGCCCCGGCGGCCCCGGGGACAUGGUGCCGGGAUGGCCCGGCCCGCCGAGACCUUCCCGCUGCACCGGCUCGUCUGGCACAACCGGCACCAGGCGCUGGACAGCGCCCUGCGCGCGGGGACGGUGGGAACGGCGCCGGGAGCGGCACCGGGAGCGGCGCCGGGGAGCGGGCACCCCCCCACGCACCGGCACCGGGAACGGGAGCGGCGGGAGGGCAGGCGAUGGCAGGGAGAACGGCGGGGCCCGCAGCGCGGGGCACGACGUGGAGCUGACAGACCCGCGUGGCCGGACGCCCCUGGAGCUGGCCGUGUCCCUGGGCCACCUGGAGUCGGUGCGGGUGCUGCUGCGGCACAACGCCAACGUGGGCCGGGAGAAUGCCAAUGGAUGGACGGUGCUGCAGGAGGCGGUGAGCACGGGGGACCCCGAGAUGGUGCAGCUGGUGCUCCAGUACCGUGACUACCAGCGGGCGACGCGGCGCCUCGCCGGCAUCCCCGAGCUGCUCAGCAAACUGCGGCGGGCAUCCGACUUCUACGUGGAGAUGAAGUGGGAGUUCACAAGCUGGGUGCCCCUGGUGUCCAAGGUGUGUCCCAGCGACGUGUACCGCGUGUGGAAGCGCGGCGAGAGCCUGCGGGUGGACACCACCCUGCUGGGCUUCGAGCACAUGACGUGGCAGCGCGGCCGCCGCAGCUACAUCUUCAAGGGGGAAGACGAGGGGGCCGUGGUGAUGGAGGUGGACCACGACAAGCAGGUGGUGUACACGGAGACGCUGGCGCUGGCCCUGCACGAGCCCGAGCUGCUGCUGGCGGCCAUGCAGCCCACCGAGGAGCACGUGGCCGGCCGGCUCACCUCGCCCAUCGUCUCCACACACCUGGACACCCGGAACAUCGCCUUCGAGAGGAACAAGUCUGGGAUCUGGGGCUGGCGCUCGGAGAAGAUGGAGGUGGUCAGUGGCUACGAGGCCAAGGUGUACAGUGCCAGCAACGUGGAGCUGGUCACCAAGACCAGGACGGAGCAUCUCUCCGACCAGGACAAGUCACGCAGCAAAGGCUCCAAGACCCCCUUCCACUCCUUCCUGGGCAUCGCGCAGCAGCACGGCACCCACAACGGGGCACCCGUCCUGCAGGCUGCCAGCCCCACCAACCCCACGGCCAUCACCCCCGAGGAGUACUUCGACCCCCACUUUGACCUGGAGACCCGCAACAUCGGGCGCCCCAUCGAGAUGUCCAGCAAGGUGCAGAGGUUCAAGGCGACGCUGUGGCUGUGCGAGCAGCACCCGCUGUCGCUGGCGGAGCAGGUGACGCCCAUCAUCGACCUCAUGGCCAUCUCCAAUGCCCACUUCGCCAAACUGCGCGACUUCAUCACCCUCAAGCUGCCCCCUGGCUUCCCCGUCAAGAUCGAGAUCCCCCUGUUCCACGUGCUCAACGCCCGCAUCACCUUCAGCAACCUGUGCGGGUGUGACCAGCCCCUGGGCUCCGUGCGGAUCUGCGCCCCCCAGGAGCCCCCCGGCGCCCACCCCGCUGGCACCCAGCCCUCUGGGCCCAGAGCGUGGCCGUUCCCGUGCGAGGUGGAGGCGGGCGUGUUCGAGGUGCCGGCGGGGUACACGGUGCUGGGCGCGGGGCGCAGCGAGCCCCUGCGGGACGAGGACGACGACCUGCUGCAGUUCGCCAUCCAGCAGAGCCUGCUGGACGCCGGCACCGAGACCGACCAGGUGACAAUCUGGGAGGCGCUGACCAACACCCGCCCCGGCGCGGAGCCGCCGCCCUACGAUGAGGACCUGCAGCUGGAAAGGGCGCUGCAGGAGAGCAUGCUGCUGCAGGCCGGGCCCAGCGCCGAGCCCCCCGCCCCCGGGAGCCCCCCCGGAGCAGGCGGCGGGAGCCCCCCGGGCCCCCCCGGGUACGGCAGCUUCGCGGAGCAGCUGCGCCUGGCCAUGGCGCUGUCGGAGCGGGAGCAGGAGGAGCGGGAGCGGCGGCGGCGUGAGGAGGACGAGGAGCUCCAGCGCAUCCUGCGCCUCUCCCUCACCGAGAAGUAGCGCCCCGGGGCGCUCCACGCCAGCACGGGGACGUCCCACGCAGGGACAGGGGUGUCCCAUGUGGGGUCACCCCACGCACGGACGCAGACGUCCCACGUGGGGACACCCCUUGCAGGGAUAGGGACACCCCAGCCAGGGGACACCCCGGUGCGGGCGCUGUCCCACACCGGGAUGCCCCAGCGCGGGCACAGCCCUGCCUGGGGAGCAGCCGGUGCCGGGAUGGCCCCCCCGUGAUGGGGACCCCCCUGAUGUGGGUACAGCCCCCCACAGGGAUUUGAUCCAGGGAUCCUCCUAGCCCCGGGACCCCCAAUCCAGGGCUCUUCUCCCACCAGGCUCAAACCUCAUCCCAGGGACUCUCACCUGGGGACCGCCCCUCCAGGGAUAGCCCUGUGCCCAGGACCCCCCCCUAGGGAACCCCCUCCUCUUUGGUGUUGUACUGUGACCCCAUGAGGGCAGGACGGGCCCGGGGGUCCCCGUGGGGUGCAGGUGACCCCUGUUUUAAGGCACUGCAGUGUGGGGGGCUGUCGCUGCAGGACACGAAACAACACGACGCGGACACGCUGCUGCUCUCAAGGUAGAAAAGGGAAGUUUAUUUUCUGACUCCAACAUUUAUAGAUUUCCAAAGGUGACAGUGGAUUGGAGGGUGAAAGUGCCACCUUUCCAAUGACGCUGGACAAACCAACAGUCCAUCAAAUUUCUCCUCCUCCAUAAAAGAACGGAAAAUAAUAAGUUGUUUACAUAAAGUGUGAGAGAAAAUUGCUACAAGAAUGUAAACAUCAGAAGACUUAGAAAAUCUUAAAAAAUCUGGGCGACAGGGGGGACUGCUG